AUGACACAGGUGGACCCCCAGGAAAGGCGGAGCAAGGUAUCUUCUCUCUGCAGCUUAAGUGAGGAAGCUCAUGACUCCCGGGUCCUGAGCGUGAGCUUAGACAGGGAAGAUGACGAUGGUGGGGAGGCAGGAGACAAAGGGAGCCCUGGGGACCCUGAUCACCAGGUCUAUCCAAGAAAUAGCUCGCAAGAGACUCAAGACAGUCCUGACUUGCCCUGGCAUCAUCCACCCAGCGAAGAAGAGAAAUUCUCCAGCUCUGUUAGUGCCCGGGGCGUUGGGAAGGAACUGACAGUGACGCCUGGAAAGAAGGCCGGCUGGGGAAGCAGUGAGUCCAAGAUCACCCCGACCCAGGACUCCCCUGGACCAGGCACGCCUCCGGGGACCCUCCCUAGCGACCUCUCGCACAAGUUGUUAGGUCGGACGCAACCGCUUAGGGACUCACUACCUGCCGGAGAUGAUGGAGACUCCAGGACAAACCUGGAGGCUGCCUUGGGGGUCCCAUCCAGCUUCCCUGAGACGGGAAGAGAUUUCUGUGCACAGAGAGGCGUAGACACGUCCCCAGACAGCUCCUCUCCGAUGUGUUUCCCCAAGCCGGGGGGCAACUGGGACCUCCCCACGCAGGAGACUCGCACCCCGGCCCGGGUGUCUGUCCCCCCAGCCAGUCUGGCAGCAGCGGUGCUGGCCAAAACGCGGACGGGCAGGAAGGGCCAGAAGCCGGAGGGUGCGCGCGAGGCAGGGCAAGGAGAGGCGCAUCCCUAUAAGUGCCUGCGGGGAGGAAGGGCCUUCCAGAAGCCCAGCAAUCCUCUGAGUCCCUCGCAGCCACGGGGCACCAAGCCUUAUGCCUGUGAGCUGUGCGGGAAGACCUACUCCCACCGGGGCACGCUCCAGCAGCACCGGCGCCUGCACACGGGCGAGCGGCCCUACCAGUGCCCCUUCUGCGACAAGGCCUACACUUGGUCCUCCGACCACCGCAAGCACAUCCGCACCCACACCGGCGAGAAACCCUACCCGUGCCCGGACUGCGGGAAGGCCUUCGUGCGUUCCUCCGACCUGCGCAAACACCAGCGCAACAUGCACAGCAACAACAAGCCCUUCCCGUGCGCCGAGUGCGGUCUGACCUUCAACAAGCCACUGUCGCUGCUGCGCCACCAGCGCACGCACCUGGGCGAGAAGCCCUUCCGCUGCCCCGCUUGCGACAGGGAGUUCGCUGUGGCCAGCCGAAUGAUGGAGCACCAGCGUGUGCAUUCGGGCGAGCGGCCCUUCCCCUGCCCCACCUGCGGCAAGUGCUUCACCAAAUCCUCCAACCUGAUCGAGCACCAGACGCUGCACACUGGCCAGAGGCCCUUCAAGUGCGCCGACUGCGGCGUCGCCUUCGCUCAGCCCUCGCGCCUCGUGCGCCACCAGCGCAUCCACACCGGGGAGAGGCCCUUUCCUUGCACCCAGUGUGGCCAGGCCUUUGCCCGCUCCUCCACCCUGAAGCGGCACCAGCAGAUCCACUCCGGGGAGAAGGGCUUUCUCUGCGCCGAGUGUGGCAGGGCCUUCCGAAUCGCCUCGGAGCUUGCCCAGCAUAUUCGGGUGCACAACGGGGAGAGGCCUUACCAGUGUGAGGAUUGUGGCCAGGCCUUCACCAGGUCCAACCACCUCCAGCGGCAUCGAGCCAAGCACAGCACCUGCAAGAAGGAGACCAUCCCCUCCUCCUCUGAUGAGUGA